CAAAUAGACCAUUCGUCGACUGGUGCCGAGGGGUGAGAGGGGAUGUAAUUAAUUUUACUAUAGGUGAAACUUUCAACAAUUUUCACAUUUUAAAUUAAUAACUCGAAUAAGGAAAAUAACUUCUACAAUUUGAACAUUCGAGAGAAAAAAAAAUCAAACAUGUUAUCAUCAAUUGUCAAGGAACAUCAAAGUAAACAAGCAGCGAGAAAAGAAAGACAAGAACAGAAACGUAAGGAAGCUGUUCAAGCUGCUAGCAAUUUAACUCAAGCACUCGUAGAUCAUUUGAAUGUUGGGGUAGCACAAGCAUAUUUAAAUCAAAAGAAGCUUGAUGCUGAAGCCAAACAAUUACAACAUAGUGCAACUAAUUUUGCUAAACAGACACAAUCCUGGUUGAAUUUAAUAGAAUCAUUUUCAAGUGCUUUGAAAGAAAUUGGCGAUGUAGAAAAUUGGGCUCGAAGUAUAGAAGGAGAUAUGAGAACGAUUGCCACUGCCUUGGAAUAUUCUUAUAAAGCUACACAAGAAACGCAAUCUGCAGGAUCAUCUUAAAGGCAUGAAUCUAAAAUUGCCUCAGUUCUACGAAUUUACAAGAGAUAGAACACGAUUUUCUGUUCCCCUUAUAUAACAAGCUGUAAAUUAUUUAUAUAUUAUUAUUUAUGUAAAUAAAAUGAUUAAUUCUUGUUCCUAAGUAGUUA